AUGUCGUUACUGCCGUCUCCCAUCUUCCCCGCCUUCUGGGCCCCUUCGCCUUCUCCGUCGCCGAUCGCGAAGGUACUAUCCGACGAUUACCUUCUCUCGCUCUUGCUGCGCUCGCUAACGCGCGACUCCUUCCAUUACGCGCUGGUCUCCAAGCGAUGGUACGCCAUAGCGCGCGUCUCGCUCACGCACCUUCAAUUCAAAUCUACGAUCCACUUCUCCGCUCUCCCAGACACGAUUCGCCGCUUUUCCUCGCUCACGCACCUCGAGCUAAAAGAGUAUUGCGUUCUGGAUGCGAAAGGCGAUGCUCUCUUCCAAUGCCUGGGCGCCACGUGUCCGCAUUUGACACAUCUCUCCGUAGGCUUCCAGCUUCGCAUCAUGCACGUCACUUGCAACGGCCUCUCGUCUCUCUUCCAUGGCUGUCGCAAGCUCCGCGACCUCCGCCUGCUCACCCUCCACCUGCUCCCGCACCUCCCGCCCGCCGUCUCUCUCCUCUCCGACCUCACAACCCUCCAUCUCUGCCGCGCCGUCGAUAAAGACGAGGAUCGAUUCGAGCAACUCGUCCUGCCGCCUGAAAGCAUCGGCGCGCUGCAGCGGCUGCAGGAACUCCGCGUUGAAACGGGAUCGGCGUUCCAAGGGCUCCCGGAUUCCAUCAGCAGCCUCACCAACCUCCGACGCUUGAAGCUCACCCACCCCUCUCUCGCUCACCUCCCUCCUUCGAUCGGUUACUUACCGCAAUUGCAAGACGUAGAUAUAGACAUGGAAAUGUUGGAGUCGAUUCCGGAUUCCUUUCAGCAUCUCACCAGCCUUGGUUCCUUCUCGCUGCUGUCCGACAAGUUGAAGCGCAUGCCAGAGCAUGUGAUGGGGGCGAUGACGCGAUUGAAGACGCUUUCGCUCCGCUGGGUGUCCGUCCAGAGCCUGCCGGACACCAUCUGCUCCCUCCCCCUCUCCUCGCUCUGCGUCCGCACAUGCGAUCUGCUCACCUCCCUUCCUGAUAACCUUGGAGCCCUCGUACAGCUUCGAAAUUUAACGCUCUACGACCUGCCGAAACUCCGCUGCCUGCCUGAGAGUGUGGGGGAUCUAAAGCAAUUGAGUUCGUUGGAACUCAAUCAUGUGGGAUUGCUGCAGCUGCCAGAAACCAUCAGCUCCCUCCCCAUCUCCUCCCUCUCCAUCCACUCAUGCACUGCACUCACCUCUCUUCCUGAUAACCUCGGAGCCCUGAUACACCUUGAAACCCUAAAACUUGACAGGCUGCCCAACCUCCGUGCUCUGCCCGAGAGCGUGGGCACUUUACAGCGGCUGAAAACGAUGAGAAUCGAGCAGGUGGGCCUGCUGGAGCUGCCCGAAAGCCUGUGCACGGGGAGUGCGAGGCACAGCGUGGAGCAGCUUCACCUGUGCGGCUGCAGAGAACUGAGGCGGCUGCCCUCCCAGCUGGCCAUGCUGACGCGCCUGGAGGAGCUCGAUAUGGCCGCCUGCACUCGCCUCCAGUCCCUAGAGCCUCUCUUUGCUCCGCAACCCGCAUUAGCCCUCACCUGCUCCCUCGCUUCUGCUCUCCCCAUUGAUCCUGCCGCUUCUCCUGACCUUGUGCGUAGUCCUCCUCUUGACCCUGCUCCUGCUUCUGCCACUGUCGCUCAUACAGCCACUGCUGCUGGCCCCACCACUUCUUGCACUCAUACCGAUAAGUCCACCGAGCCACAGCCACAGCCACAGCCACAGCCACAGCCACAGCCACAGCCACAGCCACAGCCACAGCACAGCACGGAGCAGCGCAGCGCACAGCAGCCGUGGGGCCUGGCGUCGCUCACCAGCCUAACACUGAGUGGUUCCUCACAGAUCGCCUCUCUCCCUGAUUCUUUCUCCACGCUCGCUGCCCUCUCGUCCCUCACCAUCACCCUCAUGCACGGCCUCUCCAGCCUGCCAGAAUCCCUCGGACGGCUGCAGAACCUCAGGUUCCUGAAGCUCGAAUACAUGGAUAAGUUAUCUGUGCUGCCCAAGUCACUCGGGCAGCUGGAAAACCUUGAAACGCUGGAGCUGAGCUAUUUGCCGGAGCUGAACUCUCUGCCCGGGUCACUCCGUUGGCUGCCCAAGCUGAAAGAGCCCUUGCUGGUCGACGUGGGGAGGGUGACGGAGUGGUGGUGGAUUGACGACAUCCCAUAUGUUAGGUCCGCCAGAAUGCGGAUGAUGCUCCACUGA